CUGAGGAGCUUCCCCUGCGACUUCGGCGAGGGGCCAGGUCUGCGCCGCGUGGUGGCCGCAGCCCCCGCCCCUCCGGCGCGCCCCCUCCCGAGUCCGCGGCUCAGCCCGGCUUAGCUCGGCCGACCGAGGUUAUGGACACGGAGGAUGACCCCUUGCUGCAAGAUGUGUGGCUAGAGGAAGAGCCAGAGGAGGAGGAAGGAGCCAGUGAGGCCUUCAGGGCGGCCCAGAAGCCAGGGCCUGGACCCGGGGCCGCAGGGCAAUGCUGCUGGCGGCCCUGGACCUCGCCUUCCCGGCCCCCAAGCUCGGGCUUCUGGAGUACGCUGGGCUGGGCCUUCACCAAUCCGUGCUGCGCGGGGCUGGUGCUCUUCCUGGGCUGCAGUAUCCCCGUGGCCCUGUCGGCCUUUAUGUUCCUCUACUACCCGCCCCUGGACAUCGACAUCUCCUACAACGCCUUUGAGAUCCGCAACCACGAGGCCUCCCAGCGUUUUGACGCCCUCGCCCUGGCGCUCAAGUCCCAGUUUGGAUCCUGGGGGCGCAACCGGCGCGACUUGGCCGACUUCACCUCCGAAACGCUCCAGCGCCUCAUCUCAGAGCAGCUGCAGCAGCUGCACCUCGGCAACCGCUCGCGGCAGGCCUCCAGGGCCCCGCGCGCAGUCUCUGCGGCCCCACCGGGCGUCCCCCGCCUGUCCAGGGCCCCCUCCACGGCCCAAAAGUCAACAGCCAAUCGGAGCGGGCGCCUUCGGCGUGAGACCCCGCCCCUGGCGGGUCUGGCAGCCAACCAGAGUGACGACCCGCGGAACCCGGGCCUGAACAUGAAUGGGCGGUGCCAUCCCAGCAUCCCGCCCCCCGGAGCCGCAGCAGCCAAUCAGAGCCGUUCCCGCCGGGGCGCCUCACGCUGGGACUACUCACGUGCGUACGUGAGCACCAACACCCAGGCGCACGCGCACUGGCGCAUCGAGCUCAUCUUCCUGGCGCGCGGCGACGCGGAGCGCAACAUUUUCACCAGUGAGCGGCUGGUCACGAUCCACGAGAUUGAGCGCAAGGUCAUGGACCACCCGGGCUUCCGCGAGUUCUGCUGGAAGCCCCACGAGGUGCUCAAGGACCUGCCGCUCGGCUCCUACUCCUACUGCUCCCCGCCCAGCUCGCUCAUGACCUACUUCUUCCCCACGGAGCGGGGCGGCAAGAUCUACUACGACGGCAUGGGCCAGGACCUGGCCGACAUCCGCGGCUCCCUAGAGCUGGCCAUGACUCACCCCGAGUUCUACUGGUACGUGGACGAGGGCCUCUCUGCAGACAAUCUGAAGAGCUCCCUCCUGCGCAGCGAGAUCCUGUUUGGAGCACCCCUGCCCAACUACUACUCCGUGGAUGACCGCUGGGAGGAGCAACGGGCCAAGUUUCAGAGCUUCGUGGUCACCUACGUGGCCAUGUUGGCCAAGCAGUCUACUAGCAAGGUCCAGGUUCUCUACGGGGGCACAGACCUGUUCGACUACGAAGUGCGCAGGACCUUCAACAACGACAUGCUCCUGGCCUUCGUCAGCAGCAGCUGCAUCGCCGCCCUGGUCUACGUCCUCACCUCCUGCUCAGUGUUCCUGUCCUUCUUUGGGAUCGCCAGCAUCGGUCUCAGCUGCCUGGUGGCGCUCUUCCUGUACCACGUGGUCUUCGGGGUCCAAUACUUGGGCAUCCUCAACGGGGUGGCCGCCUUCGUGGUGGUGGGCAUUGGCGUGGACGACGUCUUCGUGUUCAUCAACACCUACCGCCAGGCCACUCACCUGGAAGACCCGCAGCUGCGCAUGGUCCACACCAUUCAAACAGCUGGGAAGGCCACCUUCUUCACCUCCCUCACCACGGCCGCCGCCUACGCAGCCAACGUCUUCUCCCAGAUCCCGGCCGUGCAUGACUUUGGCCUGUUCAUGUCCCUCAUCGUGUCCUGCUGCUGGCUGGCCGUGCUGUUCACCAUGCCCGCAGCCCUGGGCCUCUGGAGCCUGUACCUGGCGCCACUGGAGAGCUCCUGCCAGACCAGCUGCCACCAGAAGUGUGGCCGCAAGAGCUCCCUGCACUUCCCUGGGGAUGUGUUUGCUGCUUCGGAGCGAGUCGGGGGCAGCCCUGUUCAGGGUCCCAUACCCUAUCUGGACGAUGACAUCCCUUUGCUGGAUGUCGAGGAGGAGCCAGUGUCACUGGAGCUGGGAGACGUGUCCCUGGUGUCUGUGUCCCCUGAGGGCCUGCAACCAGCCCCCGACAGGGGUAGCCAAGGCCAGCUCAUCACGCAGCUGCAGGAGCUACUGCACCACUGGGCCCUGUGGUCAGCCGUCAAGAGCCGCUGGGUGAUCGUGGCGCUGUUUGUCUCCACCCUCGUCCUGUCCCUGGUGUUCGCCAGCCGGCUCCGCCCCGCCAGCCGGGCCCCACUGCUCUUCCGGCCCGAUACCAACAUCCAGGUGCUGCUGGACCUCAAGUACAACCUGAGUGCUGAGGGCAUCUCCUGCAUCACCUGUUCAGGUCUGUUCCAGGAGAAGCCCCACAGCCUGCAGAACAACAUCCGGACGUCCCUGGAGAAGAAGAAGCGAGGCUCAGGGGUGUCCUGGGCCAGCCGGCCUGAGGCCACCCCACAGGACUCCCUGGGCACUGUGUUCAUCUCCAGAGUGAAGAGUAAAGGCCACCCAGCUGUCUACAGGCUCUCCCUCAAUGCCAGCCUGCCUGCUCCUUGGCAGACCGUGUCCCCUGGGGAUGGAGAGGUGCCCUCUUUCCAGGUGUAUAGAGCGCCUUUUGGUAACUUCACCAGGAAGCUGACCGCUUGUAUGUCUACAGUAGGGCUGCUCCAGGCGGCGAGCCCCUCCCGCAAGUGGAUGGUGACGACCUUGGCCUGUGACGCCAAACGGGGCUGGAAGUUUGACUUCAGCUUCUACGUGGCGUCCAAGGAGCAGCAGCACACCCGGAAGCUGUACUUUGCUCAGUCCCACAAGCCCCCCUUCCACGGGCGCGUGUGCAUAGCGCCUCCCGGCUGCCUGCUCAGCUCCAGCCCCGACGGGCCGACCAAAGGCUUCUUCUAUGUGCCCAGUGAGAAAGCGUCCCAGGCCCGCCUCUCGGCCACCUUCGGCUUCAACCCCUGUGUGAACACGGGCUGCGGGAAGCCGGCCGUGCGGCCCCUGGUGGACACCGGGGCCAUGGUCUUCGUGGUCUUCGGCAUCAUUGGCAUCAACCGCACUCGGCAGGUGGACAACCACGUGAUCGGCGACUCGGGCAGCGUCAUCUACGACAGCAGCUUCGACCUCUUCAAGGAAAUUGGGCACCUGUGCCGCCUCUGCAAGGCCAUCGCGGGCAACUCGGAGCUGGUGAAGCCGGGCGGGGCGCAGUGCCUGCCCUCAGGCUACAGCAUCUCCUCCUUCCUGCAGAUGUUGCACCCCGAGUGUAAGGAGCUGCCUGAGCCCAACCUGCUCCCAGGGCAGCUGUCCCACGGGGCGGUGGGUGUGAAGGAGGGCCGCGUGCAGUGGAUCUCCAUGGCCUUCGAGUCGACCACGUACAAGGGCAAGUCCUCCUUCCAGACCUACUCGGACUACCUGCGCUGGGAGCGCUUCCUCCAGCAGCAGCUGCAGACCUUCCCCGAGGGCUCGGCGCUGCGCAGAGGCUUCCAGACCUGCGAGCACUGGAAGCAGAUCUUCAUGGAGAUCGUAGGGGUGCAGAGCGCCCUGCACGGGCUGGCGCUGUCCCUGCUCAUCUGCGUGGCCGCGGUGGCCGUGUUCACCACCCACAUCCUGCUCCUGCUGCCCGUGCUCCUAAGCAUCUUGGGCAUCGUCUGCCUCGUGGUGACCAUCAUGUACUGGAGCGGCUGGGAGAUGGGCGCCGUGGAAGCCAUCUCCUUGUCCAUCCUCGUGGGCUCCUCCGUGGAUUACUGUGUCCACCUGGUCGAGGGCUACCUGCUGGCCGGAGAGAACCUGCCUCCCCACCAGGCUGAGGAUGCGAGAGCACAGCGCCAGUGGCGCACCCUGGAGGCCGUGCGACAUGUGGGCGUGGCCAUCGUGUCCAGCGCACUCACCACGGUCAUCGCCACGGUGCCACUGUUCUUCUGCAUCAUCGCCCCAUUCGCCAAGUUCGGCAAGAUCGUGGCGCUCAACACGGGAGUGUCCAUCGUCUACACGCUCACCGUCAGCACCGCACUGCUCGGCACCAUGGGGCCCGGCUCCUUCACGCGGACCAGGACUUCCUUCCUCAAGGCCCUGGGCGCCGUGCUGCUGGCGGGGGCCCUGGGGCUGGGCGCCUGCCUCGUGCUGCUCUGGAGCGGCUAUAAGAUCCCGCUGCCCACUGGGGCCGCCCUAUAGCUGGGCCUGGCCCUUGACUCAUGCACCUUUGGCCCAGGGUGGGGGACAGGACGCCCCUCUUUACCGCAGGGAUGCUGUUCUCCAGCUCGGCUCCAACUAGCCAUGUUCCCAGGCCUGGGCCCAAGGCACCCUGCGGUCCACUCCCACGCUGUGGGGACCGCACUGCCUUCCCCCCACCACGGAGCCGGAGCUGGGAGGUGGAGCCACAGCCCUGUGUGUCCCCCUGAAGAGACCUCCCCUCUUCCUGUGCUGGUCACCACGAAGGCCAGGUGGCUUUUGUGGGGGGGUCUCCCUGCCACACUGCCUCAGUGCUCACAACCUUCUUGUGUGGGUGUCACAGGCCCCCAUUCUACAGAUGUGAAGAUUGAGGCACCAAGAGGCAAAGUGCCCUAUAGCGGGGUUGGUGGCAGAGCCAGCGCUGUCUCCCGAGCCUCAUGCACUUGGGGGCCUUGCCGGAAGAGCACAGUGGAUUCUGGGCAGGGCCUCACCCCCUGCCCCUCCUUCUCUCCCUUCAGCUUGACAGAGGCCAGUGCUGAGUGGCCCAGUGGCCCUCCCCAGGCCUUUCACUCCUGGCAGAGAGGACAGAGGGACUGGGCUUGGGCUUCUGCAUGUCCUACCCCGGCGCCAGCCUCCAGGAGCCCCUCUGAGGCCUUCCCUGGGGGCUGUGGGGCCCAGCAGAGCUCUCCUCACAGAUCCAAGCCCCCAUCUCCCCCACCCAACUCUGAGAGAGACGGUUUCGGGGGUGGCCCCUAUGGGGAGGAGCUGUUCGUGCCUGUAGCCUGCUUGUGGCAGAGGGUUCCUUUUAAAGAGAAA